AUGGGGCGCACGACUGGCACUAAGCAGGAUCUUGCCGGCCGCGGGUUCCUGACGCACUGUCCGCCGGAUGUACCGCCUCGUCAUCGAAUUGUGGCUCUUUUAGGCACGACAGAUCUCGACGAUGCAAGCCGGCCCAGGGACGACGGGUGGUUUGUAUCAGAUUUCUACCUUUUCCAUCAUCUCCUUGCCCCGCAAUUCCCACGUCCACCGAACCAAGUAUGGUUAACUUGCGAGGACCCUGGAUUCCUCGUUCAGGAAUAUGGGGAAUAUGUUCAUGAGGUAUCCACCUCCUUCACCCAAGUCAAGACCGAUGGAAAUUCGCAUAGUUGA